AUGGAUGAUAAUAAUCAAACAUUAUUUAUUGGUGCUUCAAUAUUAAAUAUAUCAAAUAAAAAUAUAAAUAAUAAUUUAAAUACAAUGUUAUCUGUAUUAUCAACAACAGAUGAUACUGAAGUAGAUAUAUUAAAUGAUGAAACAUUUGGUGAUUGUAAUUUAGAUACAAUUAAAAUGAAAUCAGAUUUUGGUGAAAAUGGAGAAUUUCUUGGUGAUUAUACAACAGAAACAUUACCAGAUUUUUUCGAUUCAAAUAUAUCUGAUAAAGAAGAUGAAAUUUUACUUAUUGAUAAUAAUAAUGAUCAAUCUCAACAACCAUCAAUUGAUGCUUUACUUGGUGAAGAUCCAAUGUCUUUAUCAACAUCAAUUAAUCUUCGACAAUCAACAAUGAAUCCAUUAUUUAAUAUAGCUAUAUCACAAGCAAAUAAUAUAUUUUCUCAACAACAAACAUCACGUAUAUCACCAAUAAUAUUACCAUCAUCAUCACAACAACAAAUAAAUUAUCAACUAUUAAAACAAUUUGAACAAAUGUUAAUUAAUCAACAAAUACCACGUAAUACAAUAAAUACUACUCAACAACAAACAACACGAGUUACAAAUAUGAAUAUCAAUGGUCAUAAUCAAUCUAAUGAAAUAAAUUCAAAUCAAAUUCUUAAUAAUAAUUUAUUAUAUGAUCAACAACAACGUCAACCAACACAUUCAAUGGCUAUUGUACUUCAAUUAUUAAAAUCAAUUCAACAAGAAAAUGAACUUGCUCAACGUUUAUCUCAAACAUCUGCACAAGUAACAUUUAGUAAUGUAAAUCCUAUACAAUCAUUACCAUAUGCAUCACGAAUAUCAACACAACUUGGUAAACAAUCCAUGGCAACUCCUCGACAUCCAAGAUGUAUUCUUCAUCUUGAUGGUCAAUUUACCUUAGGUAUACGAGCAAAUGCUAUUACACAUGAUAAAUAUACUUUAGGUCUUUUAUUAAAUAUUGAAAAUAUAUAUCGUGAUAUUUUACGAUUGAAUAAUGAUAGAUUAUUAAUAUCAAAUCAAAUAAAAACUGAAACUGAAUUAGAAACAGUUACUAUAGAAUCAAAACAAUUACUUAGUUCAAUUAUUGAUCAUUAUUUAAAUCAUCAACAAUAUUUAUUUGCUGAUAUGUUUGGUCAAUUUAAUAAAGGUCAAAUUAUAUUUGAACGUUUAUAUCCAUAUUUAAAAACAACAAAUUAUUUUGAAUUAUUAUUUAUACGUUUUUAUAGUUCAUUAAGUUAUAUGAUUUAUCGAUGGUCAACAACAUUUCAUAUUGAACCUAUUGUUAUGAAUACAAUUAGUCUUAUACAACAACAAAUUAUUAGUAAUAAAACAACAUUUGAACAAUUAUUAACUCAAGUUUAUACUUAUUAUAAUGAACAAAUUAAAGAAAAACUUACUGAAUUUCAUUCUGCUGCAUCGUCAAGUCCAUUUUCAGAUCCAGUAUUAUUUACAAAUUCAUAUAGUGUAACUAUUUUAAUUGAACUUUUAUUAAUUUUGGAACGUCAAUGUUAUUUAUCGUCGAGUAACAAUUCAUCAACCUUACCAUUACAAGUUAUGCAACAAUUACAAUAUCAAUUAACAGAAUAUAUUCGUUUAUUUAUUACUGAUCUUUGUCAAGCACUUAUUGCUUGUUCAUCACCCGUAUAUACAUUGAAAAAAAUUCUUAAACCAUUUGCACAUGUAAAACAUCAACAAUUCGGUUUACUUUGUAAAUUUCUUCGUAUACAAAUAUCUCAAAAUGUUUAUACAGAAUUGGAACCAAAACUAAUCUAUUGUUGCAUUAAAGAUACAUAA